GCCCGACAGGGGCGGCACCACGGCAGGAGCCCUGCACGGUCCACUGUGAGGGGAGCGGCGCGAAGAGCAGAUGCCGCCGCCGCCGCCGUAGACACACUCGUCCCGCAGGCCGCGCCUCGGCCUUGCUGCCAGGAAGCCUCGGCCCCGCAGCUUCGCUCGCUACUGUCUUAGGUUUCUUUACCUCCAGAAAGAAGAAGAUUGACCCCUUGAAUUCUGGAAGUUCAUUGAAGAGUCUGAAAUUAGGGAUUUAUUUCAAAUUUGGACAUGGCUAAUCGAGGUGCAACAAGACCCAACGGGCCAAAUACUGGAAAUAAAAUAUGCCAGUUCAAACUAGUACUUCUGGGAGAGUCUGCUGUUGGCAAAUCAAGCCUAGUGCUUCGUUUUGUGAAAGGCCAGUUUCAUGAAUUUCAAGAGAGUACCAUUGGGGCUGCUUUUCUAACCCAAACUGUAUGUCUUGAUGACACUACAGUAAAGUUUGAAAUAUGGGAUACAGCUGGUCAAGAACGAUACCAUAGCCUAGCACCAAUGUACUACAGAGGAGCGCAGGCAGCCAUAGUUGUAUAUGAUAUCACAAAUGAGGAGUCCUUUGCAAGAGCAAAAAAUUGGGUUAAAGAACUUCAGAGGCAAGCAAGUCCUAAUAUUGUAAUAGCUUUAUCAGGAAACAAGGCUGACCUAGCAAAUAAAAGAGCAGUAGAUUUCCAGGAAGCACAGUCCUAUGCAGAUGACAAUAGUUUAUUAUUCAUGGAGACAUCAGCUAAAACAUCAAUGAAUGUAAAUGAAAUAUUCAUGGCAAUAGCUAAAAAAUUGCCAAAGAAUGAACCACAAAAUCCAGGAGCAAAUUCCGCCAGAGGAAGAGGAGUAGACCUUACUGAACCUACACAACCAACCAGGAGUCAGUGUUGUAGUAACUAAACCUCUAGUUUGAACUAGCUGGAAUAGUCUUCUGCUUCCUAAAUGGUAAUAACAAUGGAAUUGGAGCAUUUAACCAGCCCACUAUGACUUCCAAAAGAAGAGACUUACGAUAGAGUCAAGUUUCUAAUACAGAAUUAUUUUAAGUGUUUCGAACUUAAUUUUUAAUAACAUGCAUGGGUCCCUCUUAGUAAUGUUUCAGCAAUAGGGAAAAAUGAGAACUAUGUGGACAUUUGUUUCAUUGGAAGGUUAGGGGAAAUAAUUUCCCAUCACUAGAAAUAUAGACAAAUGAGUGUCUGGACCCACACAGUUAACCAGCCCAUUUCUCCACACUGGUACAGUAGUCACCUGUGAAAAAAAUUUGGAACUUACUAAUUGGAGCUUUUCAAAAACAUUCUUUUUUUUAGAAGAAGAUUCUAAAGUUACUUAUGAUGCUUAGCUGUAGUAUUCAAGCAAAUGUUCAUUUCUCCUGGUACCUGUAUUUAAAUUGUACAUUCCACAUUUUAAUGAAUUAACCACAAGAAAAUAAUCCCACAUAUACAAGGUGGGGGUCGGGGGGCAGGGAAGAGUAUUAAUGGUAUCUAAAUUAUAGCCAGUCCUGUUUUUUUUAAUGGGGUAAAAAAAAAAUGCAACCCCAUCUUGUUCUAGGAAUUUGAGAACUAAUAAAUGCAUCUUAAUGG